AUGUGGACGGAUUUACUUUGCCUUCUUCUUAGUGCUCCAUUAGUUUUAAGCUUAAAUGAAUCGGGUAUAAUGACAAACUGUAACAAUUUGCGUAUGGGGCAAUACCUGUGCCCCGAUCCAGACUAUUUAAGAGACAUGAUCGAUGAGAAAACUCAAGAAAUCAAAGGUUGCACCAAAGAUAAUUUAGCCAAAAUCAGAUGUAUCGCCGUAGAAGGUUUUAUCUGUAACGAAACUGGAAAUAAUACUUUUUACAAGGACACUCCUUGUAAGUGGACAAACGGAUACUCCUUCGAAACCACUCUCUUAUUAUCAAUAUUCCUGGGCAUGUUCGGUGUAGAUAGGUUCUAUUUAGGAUACCCAGCGAUAGGGCUCCUGAAGUUUUGUACCCUAGGUUUCAUGUUCCUAGGCCAACUCAUCGACGUAAUUCUCAUCUCCAUGCAAGUAGUAACACCCAAAGAUGGAUCUCACUAUGUCAUGCCCCAUUACGGGCCUCGCAUAGAAAUAAUCAAAAGUGAUAAUUUUACAUACAGAUUAAGUCCAGGUGAUUGGUGA